GAGAACCUGCAAAACAAAAACUGAAAAUUGAUUUCUGGAAAUGGGAGCAGCCUUAAGAUCAAUGUAUGCCAACAGCAAGUAUGAAGAAGUCAGAGAAGAAUGGGAGGAAGAUUACAGCCCUCAGAGAUUUUCUUACAAAGCUCUUUACAAAGCCACCAAAGGGUUCAAAGACAGCGAGUUGCUUGGUACAGAGGCAAACGGGACAGUCUACAGGGGAAAGCUUUCGUCCAAUGCACAUAUCGCUGUGAAGCGAGUCGCACUAGAUGCAGAGCAAGAUACGAAGCACCUUGUUUCUCAGAUUGUUGGUAUUGGGAAGUUAAGGCACAAGAACCUUGUACAGCUCUUAGGAUACUGCAGAAGAAAAGGUGAAUUACUAUUGGUCUAUGAUUACAUGCCUUACGGAAACCUGGACGAUUUCUUGUUUAAUGAAGAGAAGCCUAAGCUAAGUUGGUCACAAAGGUUUCACAUCAUCAAGGGAGUGGCUUCAGCUCUUCUCUAUUUGCACGAGCAGAUCGUUCUCCACAGAGAUGUUAAAGCCGCGAAUGUACUCUUGGAUGAGGAUCUAAACGGUCGGCUAGAUUUUGGCCUGGCUAUGUUCGGCACAAACAGGAACCCUAUGCUUGGAAGCGUAGGGUACGUGGCUCCGGAGCUAAUCAUCACAGGAAUGCCAACAACCAAAGCCGAUGUGUAUUCAUUUGGGGCUUUAUUACUUGAGUUUGCAUGUGGGAGAAUGUUCAUAGAGUAUCCAGGGAAGCCUGAAGAGUUUAAUCUAAUCAGCUGGGUAUGUCAAUGCUCGAAAAGAGGGAACUUGGUCGGUGCCCGAGACGCUAGACUGGAAGGAGAUUACGUCAGCAAGGAGAUAGAGAUGGUACUGAAGCUUGGGCUACUCUGUGUACAGUACAACCCAGAGGACAGGCCAAGCAUGGCACAAGUGGUGAGUUAUCUUGAAGGAAAAGAUGUUUUGCCUGAGAUGCCUCCAGACACUCCUGGGAUCAGUAUUCCCACACCAUACCACGAAGUUCUGGCCUAGCGGCAUAGUGUCAUGAGUGAGUCUACUUUCUUCAAACACCUUCAAAAAUUUGCCCAACCAUUGAAAGGUCUGCACUUGCUGAUUGUACUUUACUUCAUAACAACAA